CAAAGCGAGACUCUGUCUCAAAAAAAUAAAUAAAUAAAUAACAUACUAAGACAAUUUAUUAUACUGGCGCCACUUCCACCCUGAGUCUCUCCUCUCUUCCCCUCUCUUUUCCUUGUUCUCUCAUAUCUGUGCCAAGGAAAUGGCCCAAUAACCCUAAAAUCCCCCUGACAACUCUCAGCAUGAAACUCCACUUCCACUUUUUGGUAAGUUUAUUUUCUUCCCAAUUUACAGGACACCAGAAUGAGUGCGAAAAAGUCCCCUGAAGAACUGAAGAGCAUGUUUGAAAAAUAUGCAGCCAAAGAAGGUGAUCCCGACCAGCUGUCAAAGGACGAGCUGAAGCUAUUGGUUCAGGCCGAAUUCCCCAGCUUGCUCAAAGGUCCAAACACCCUAGAUGACCUAUUUAAAGAACUGGACAAGAAUGGAGAUGGAGAAGUGAGUUUUGAAGAAUUCCAACUGUUUGUAAAGAAGAUAUGCCAGUGAAGGGAAAAACGAAACAGGAUUCCUACCCACCAAAGGAAGCCCGCCUGGGCCCCGCCCUAGCCCAUGUGGCAUCCCCAAUGUCUCUGGUUUAAUUCUUUGCAAUUAUAAUGAUCUGGCUGUGAGGUCCAAUUAUUGCUAAUAAAGAAAUUCUUAGACAUGUCUCACCUUGUCAAGUGCUGACCUUCAUAACUUAAUAGAAGUGAAAGUAACCUUAAUAAGAUUCAUUUAAUUCUACAGAUUUAAAAAGAGAUGGGGUGGGGACAGGUGCGGUGGCUCAUGCCUG